ACUUAUUUUAAUAAUAAAUUUUCAGUUUGUCUAAAUCACAUUUGAAAUUCUACAGAAUAAUCCAAAUUUUAUAGCAUGGCUGAAUAUAUGCCGUACACUACAAACUAUUCCUUCUACAGAUACUUUGAUAAUGACUUGGUUGAGCCCAUGAACACAACUUUUCAUUAUAACCACAAAGUCAACAAAAUAGAGCAGAAACCAAAGGCUACGAAGGUUCCCUAUGAAAAUCGUGUACCAACUCUUGCUGACAUGAUGGGAGGAUUUCCAAACAUUGAUGUGAACACAUCGCCUAAUAUGAAUAAUUCGCAGAUUUUUUUUGAUCACAAUGGAAAUUAUAUUACUCCACAUAUGAUGAACGCUCCAACUCCACCAAUGACUGCACAAAACUACUCGCCGAGGUUAGUAACCAAGGAGCAGAAUGUGAAACCAUGUCGUAUAUACAACAGUGCGUCAUACACAAUAGUUGGAAACGGAUGUACUGAUAAUAAGAACAAGAAAAAGCUACCCGUGGUAACGGAUUGCUCAAGCAACCAAACUAAGAAGAAUCAUAGAAAACCUAUUGUGUCUUCUCGAAGUCGUGCUACUACCUACAGACGGAGGUGUUUCAGAAAACAACAGAAAAGCGAACCUAAGACAAGUACUUCGGGUAAAAGUGAGCAAAACAGUACUUUUGUAACUGUGAGCUAUCCUACUCUCAACUUGGGUGGAUCCAUUUGCGCCGGAGAAACAUUAAAGCAUGUUCACAACUUUGUUCAUACGGCGGGCAAUCCUUGGUCAGAGCCAUCACACGCAGGAAGUUCGUCCUUAUCUUGUCCUUAUUGCAAUCGUUGCUAUUGUCUCAACAAUGCUAUCUCGCAUAAUUCGCUUGGUUCUACAUGUUAUAUGCCUGCCAGUAAGCCUGAAUGGAGAUGGUAAAACCUGGAAGUCGUUUAUAGUUGAGAUUGUGCUAAUAUAGAAAAGGCGGCAGACGUCAUAGGAUUUCAUUGUUUUGGCAUACGUUUUAGCCAUGCAUACACAAUUUUUGGCAUACGUUUAAGGAAGAGAAUGAUAGAGUCAAAAACAAAUUCUUUUUCUUAUUGUGUACUAUAUAAUGUAUGAAUCUUAUAUGUUCAAAUUGAUAUAAGAUACAUAUAUUAUAUAUUAUAUGACGAGAUAUAGACAAAUAAACACUUAACGGGUUUGGUAUUUUCUUCCUCAA